AGGAGGAGGAGGAGGAGCGCAGCCAAUCCCGGGCGCACCAGGAGCCGAGGCUGCGCCUGCCUGCCUCUCCUCCUUUCCCUCCUUUCCCCAUCCCUCCUUCUCCCUCUCUCUCUCUGCACCUCGGGGUCCAGCGAAGGAAGAGCCCCAUGGAAGAAGAAGGAGGAGGAAGAGGAGGCGGAGGAGGAGAAGGCGACCCCCGAGUGGGCUCCCCAUCGCCAGCCUUGCCUUGUUGCUCCCAAGGCAGGGCCACGAGGCUUGGAUUAUUCUUCCCCCAAUUCUUCGUCUUCUUGGCAACGUCUUGGCUUUCCCAGUUGCCUCCAGGUUGCUCCUGGUCUUGGUCGUCUCCUCCUCCGUUUCCCGGCGCUUGAUCCGGAUUAUGUAGAGCUCCUUGGGUGUCUGCGCUUCGCCUUCCCGGUCGCUAUGAACCAUGGCUCAGUUGUACUAUAAAAAGGUGAACUACUCACCCUACCGAGACCGGAUUCCUUUGCAAAUCGUCCGGGCAGAAGCCGAGCUCUCAUUGGAGGAGAAAGCCUACCUCAGUGCUGUGGAGAAGGGGGACUAUGCCAGCGUGAAGCACUCUUUGGAAGAGGCAGAGAUCUACUACAACAUCAACAUCAACUGCAUGGACCCUCUUGGACGCAGUGCCCUCCUAAUAGCCAUCGAGAACGAGAACCUGGAAAUCAUGGAGUUGUUGCUGAGCCACGGGAUCUAUGUGGGCGAUGCGCUGCUAUACGCAAUACGGAAGGAAGUGGUAGGAGCUGUGGAACUUCUUCUGAACUACAGGAAGCCAAGUGGUGAGAAGCAGGUCCCCACGUUAAUGAUGGACACCCAGUUUUCGGAAUUCACCCCCGACAUCACCCCCAUCAUGCUAGCAGCUCACACCAACAACUAUGAGAUCAUCAAGCUGCUGGUCCAGAGGCGGGUCACCAUCCCGCGCCCGCACCAGAUCCGAUGUAACUGCGUGGAGUGUGUCUCCAGCUCCGAGGUGGACAGCCUGAGGCACUCCCGGUCGCGGCUGAACAUUUACAAAGCCUUGGCCAGCCCUUCCUUGAUAGCCUUGUCGAGUGAGGACCCCAUCCUGACCGCCUUCCGGUUGGGUUGGGAACUGAAGGAACUCAGCAAAGUGGAGAACGAAUUCAAGGCGGAGUACGAGGAGCUCUCGCAGCAAUGCAAGCGGUUUGCCAAGGACCUUCUGGACCAGGCGCGGAGCUCCAGAGAGCUGGAGAUCAUUCUGAACCACAGAGAUGACCAAAGCGAAGAGUUAGACCCCCAAAAAUGUCAUGAUUUAGCAAAGCUAAAGGUAGCAAUAAAGUACCAUCAGAAAGAGUUUGUUGCCCAGCCCAACUGCCAGCAGCUGCUUGCAACGCUUUGGUACGACGGCUUUCCCGGAUGGCGGCGGAAGCACUGGGCAGUCAAGCUCUUGACCUGCAUCACCAUUGGACUCCUCUUCCCUGUGCUUUCUGUGUCCUACUUGAUUGCGCCAAAGAGCAGGCUGGGACUGUUCAUCAAAAAGCCAUUUAUAAAGUUUAUCUGCCACACGGGCUCCUACCUGACCUUCCUCUUCAUGCUCCUCCUCGCCUCGCAGCACAUCGUCAGAACCGACCUCCACAUGCAGGGACCUCCUCCCACCGUCGUCGAAUGGAUGAUCCUCCCCUGGGUUUUAGGCUUUAUUUGGGGAGAAAUCAAAGAGAUGUGGGAUGGCGGCUUCACGGAGUACGUCCACGAUUGGUGGAACCUGAUGGAUUUCGCAAUGAACUCCCUCUACUUGGCCACCAUCUCCUUGAAAAUUGUGGCGUAUGUCAAGUACAAUGGCUCCCGUCCACGGGAGGAAUGGGAAAUGUGGCACCCCACCCUCAUUGCAGAAGCCCUCUUUGCCAUAUCAAACAUUUUAAGCUCCUUGCGUCUCAUCUCCCUGUUUACAGCCAACUCUCACCUGGGACCCCUCCAGAUCUCUUUGGGACGCAUGCUGCUAGACAUCCUCAAGUUCCUCUUUAUUUACUGCUUGGUGCUACUGGCCUUCGCCAAUGGACUCAACCAGCUCUAUUUUUAUUACGAGACCACUGCCUCCGAGGAGCCCAACAAUUGCAAGGGGAUUCGGUGCGAGAAGCAGAACAAUGCGUUCUCCACGCUCUUUGAGACGCUCCAGUCGCUCUUUUGGUCUGUGUUUGGCCUCUUGAACCUCUACGUCACCAACGUGAAAGCCAGGCAUGAAUUCACAGAGUUUGUCGGGGCAACCAUGUUCGGCACUUACAACGUCAUCUCCCUGGUGGUCCUGUUGAACAUGCUCAUUGCAAUGAUGAACAACUCCUACCAGCUCAUUGCCGACCAUGCUGACAUCGAAUGGAAAUUUGCCCGCACCAAGCUCUGGAUGAGCUACUUUGAUGAAGGAGGAACCUUGCCACCACCUUUUAACAUCAUCCCCAGCCCCAAGUCCUUCUGGUAUCUCUGCAAAUGGAUCCACAAGCAGGUCUGUCCAUCCCAAGACCCAGAAGAUGAUGAGAAGAAACAUGAGAAUCUGAAGACCUUCACGGAACGUCAUGCAGACAACUUGAUUCAGAAUCAGCAUUACCAGGAAGUGAUCAGAAACCUGGUGAAACGAUACGUUGCUGCCAUGAUAAGAAAUUCUAAAAGCAACGAGGGAUUGACAGAAGAAAACUUUAAGGAAUUGAAGCAGGAUAUCUCCAGUUUCCGCUACGAAGUCCUCGACCUCUUGGGAAACCGGAAACCACCUCGGCGAAGUUAUUCCACCAGCAGCACCGAGGUCUCCCAGAAGGACGAGGCCAACGAGGAGUGUGUUGCAGAGACCUCCAAAUCCAAGAGCGUUUCUUUCGGCCUCACCAACAAGAAGAAAGACUUCAACGUCUCGGCUCUGAUUAAGACAAUGUCCGGGGUUGACAUGGUGAACGAGAAACCCAAAAGCAACGGGAUUAAUAAGCGCUCCUUUGUCCGAAAUGGGAACAGAGUCCAAAGGCUUUCCAGCUCCAAGAAGGAAUCCUUCAAGCGUUUGGGACUCCUAUUCUCUAAGAUGAACGGUCACCUGGCGGAGCCAAACACAGAGCCCAUGUACACUAUUUCGGACGGGGUCAUCCAGCCGCAUUACAUGUGGCAAGACCUUAAAUACUCCCAGAUGGCCAAAGAGCGGGACGAGAACUGUUCCAAAAGUGAAAUUAACCUCAAUGAGGUGGACUAUAGUAGGAACGUCAGGCACCCGGGGCAGAACCCGUGCCCUGGGGCUUGCACCAGUUCCCUCCACUGUGCUUCCAGCAUCUGCUCCUCCAACUCCAAACUCAUAGACUCCUCUGAGGACGUUUUUGACUCAUGGGGAGAUGCCUGUGACAUGUUUAGGAACCAAUGGAAAGACGGACAAGAGGAGCAGGUCACGACUCGCCUAUAAGCAGCCUGUUGCAGGACAUGACUAACAGCAGAAACUAUUUACUAUCACGGAUUCUCCAUAGUUAGGAAUCUCGCUCUCCUACUCUCCCCACCAUUUUAUAGCCACAUCUUUCUUGCCUCCCGACCCUACUUUUAAAAUUUGCUUUCUUAAAGCUCACAGAUGCUGGACUUUUCAUGGGGAUGGUCCGAUCCUUUGGAGAAUAUGUGGACAUCUUGAAUACGUUCUGAGGUUUUCAUCUCUUCUUUUGUUCAUUCUUUCUUCUGUAAUCCCAUUAGGAUUUCUAUAAUUUUCUUUUUGUUACAGAACACGAAGGAUAUUCCUCUCCAGCCUUGUUGCUUCUUCUCCAGCUUUGCUUUCCACCAUUUUAUGUUCCAUUUCCAGACCAUUGACCUGCUCUUCGGGAUCUUCAGCAAAUGCUCGGGGACUUAUCUGGAAGCUAAGAGCCAAGCUGAAGGUGUCCCUGGAAGGGAGAAGAGUUCAGACCGAAAUGGGCUUUUCGCUUUCAAGCAAUACAAUUCCCCCAUGAUUCCAACUGUUAUGUCCUUAAUUAAGGUUGCAUAUUGUUUUCCUCAUGUAAAUUAUGGUCACAAUGAGUUAAAAUUGAGUUCUGGAA